AUGGCUCCUCGUUCUCACACAGACUCAUUCACACGUGCUAUAAUUGUUACUUUAAAGUCCCGCUUUGUGGGCAAAUCAACGAGCCAGAUCAGCGAGAUCCUGGGUAUUUCCCCACGCACUAUCGACGCUAUCUUCAGCCGAGCCUGCCUUCGAGGCUUUGAGCCAAAUGGACCAACCCUAAAGGUUCUUCCUGAACACCUUGAAGAUGCUCCUCGCUCAGGCCGCCCACGUAAACAAGAGGCUAUCCAUGAACCUACUGUUGACAAAUCUCUACGGUUACGACGUCUCUCCUACCACGGUGUGGAGAGUCCUCAAGGCAGCAGGAUACAAGAAGACGAAGCCGACGAGGAAGCCUGGGUUGACGAAGAAGAUGAGACAAGAUAG